UGUUCUCAUUUACGUUUGAACAUUCGUUGACGUCGGUUAUUCAAACAUGAGUUCUGCAAUGGUCAAGUUUAGUAAGGAGCAAGACGAGAUAUUGGUUGAAUGUAUAGCUAAACAUCCCCCAAUUUACAAUCCCGAAAAUAGGGAUUAUAAAGAUUUGAAUAUACGAGAUGCAAUUUGGAAGGAUAUAAGUGGCAAUGUUGGGCGAAGUGAUGAAGACUGCAAGAGAAGGUACAAAAACAUUAAAGAUGCCUAUUUAAAAAAUAAACGGGCAAGAAAAAUGAAUACUGGAGCAAGUGCCUCUUCAAAACCCUCAAAAUGGCAUUUAGCACCAUUUUUAACUUUUUUGGAUGCAGUACCAUUAGAAAGAAACACUACUUCAAAUAUAUAUGAUACUGAUAAUAAUGAAGAUUCUGGCUCAGACGAAGAGGAAAUAAAUAUCACACAAGAUGAUAUACUGCAGUCAUCAUCAGUAACGCAAUGUCCUCAAUCUCCAUCGACUUCAAAAUCACAAAAAUCGACUCAUAAAAGAAAAAAUUUAAAAGUCACUGAAUUAUUAGAAAAACGAUCAAAAGAAAGAACAGAGCUGAUGACACAACUGAUCACUAAAAAAAAAAAUACGGAUGAGUACGAUGAUGUUGAUCAUUUUUUCAAAAGUUUAGCUCUAUCUGUCAAAAUGUUGCCACACUUGAUUUCACAGGCGAAAUUGAAAAUGUUGACAAUUGUGACUGACUUGGAACUUCAAGCUGCAAAUAAUCAUACGCAUAACGUCCACAUCAUACCUAGCAUUAGCAAAGUAUCAUCAGAGUCAAAUACUUCUACUAGUCGUUCCCCAUAUUCUAACAACUUUAUUCCAUAUAGCCCACCUUCACUAGAUUCACCAUCAUAUUCAAAUUUUCAACAACAGUUUGGAACACCAAAUCCAACUACAUUUACAUGGAACACCAAUUCUCAAUAA